AUGUUCCAAAACGAAGCUGCCAUCAGGCAAUUACAAACAUACAUCCGGGUGUUAAGGAAAAAGUACCCAGACAAGACAUUAGAACUCGACCAACUCAAAAUAAGAGAACUUGAAAUAACCAAAUCGCUUAAAGAAAUCCCAUCAAUAAACAAGAAUUUACAAAAGGAUCCAGGGAAUGUCUCUAAAGAGGAAUGGAAACGUGAUAGACUGAAACAUGUGCAGCUGUUGAGGCAACUUGGUAAUCUUCAUAAAGACAUUGCUAAAAUCGAAAGUAAACCAAUGGGGUAUGUUAAGGCAAUCAGCAUUUAUGAAACAGGAAUAGUGCAGUGCGGAGCUAAACUGCCCAGUGACAGUGAGUUAUCUAAAUAUAAAGAAGAACGGCGAUCUGCUCUCAAACUUUUCUUCAAAAAUUGCAUUGGAACAGAUAUAUCAAACAAAUACUUUGACGAUGAACAAACGAAUAAAGACAAACUUGAAGCAAUACGAAGUGAAUUGAAAGAAAGAAUCUCACAGAUUGAUAAAAACAAGGAAUGUAACUGUUAUGAAACUGGGAUCACAAAUGAAGAAGAAAAAACGAAACAUGAAGUAGAGAGAAUAAAACACAUUGGAGAGAUCUUUAAGUGGAUCUUUCGGGAAAUGAAAACGUUCAUACAAAGUCUGGUACAGCAGACUUUGGAUCUCCUAAAUUUCUACGACAAGGACUUCGCCUUAAUUGCAUUUGGGUCAUUCUCAAGAAAAGAAACAACUCCUUUCUCUGAUGUAGAAUUUGCUGUAGUGCAAAACUCUGAGGAGUUGGAAAUGAAGCGUGAAUACAGAGAAACCAUUAACAAGAUGGUUAUGAUCCUUCACCUGAAGUUCCUAGCAUUUGGUGAAACCGUCCUCCCAGCAAUGUCAGUACCGUCACUUAAUGAGGUUGACCUCAAUGACAAAACAAAGGACUGGUACCUUGACUUACGAAGUUAUGUUAAUACAAAACAGGGAAUCUCAUUUGAUGGACUGAUGCCAAAUGCAAAUAAAACACCCUAUUACAUCAGUCCUCAAAAUUACCGCUUCCGAUUGACAAAUACAAAAGCUGCAUUCAUAGAGAACUAUUGUGAAAUGGAAGAAAGUGAUCUAAAAAGGGAAUUAUACUUCUUCAAAGGGGACUUCACGACACUAUAUGGAGACAAAUCCGUUGAGGAUGAUUUGAAAAAAGCAUUCAAGGAAAACAAGGCUCGAAGAGAGACAAUUUUAAAGCUUAUCAAAAAUCAGCUCAGUGAAGACUUAGUCAAACACUCCUGUAUAAAGAAAAUGUACGACGAACUGCGACUUAGGUGUUACACAGAAGGCAAUGGUCAAGUAGACGAAAAGAAAGGCCAACUGUUACCAAAGCUACUUGUCAAAGAUGGCAUUGAACAAUCAACCUUCAGUACAGAUCUCAUUUUGCGCUACUACCAAACUGCGAUACCACUUGUCUAUGCAAUUGAGGAAGAGAAAUCAAGAGACACAGUUGAAAAGAUUGGACAAACAUCAUUAUAUGAUCCAUCUGACCUGAAUAAUGCAAUCGCCUACAUGCUGAUGCAAAAUCCAGAAAAGGCCAAGGAACACUUGAUAAAAGCAAACGAAACAUGUGAGAGCUCUGAGCCAACACGACUGAUUAUGCAUAUUCUGUGCAAUAUGUACAUUGAAGAUGACAAUAUAAUCAAGUCUUUCCUGGACAAUUUGAAACCUAAAGUCAUUGAAAGUAAAAACCCAGAUACCAUGAAUACAUAUGGUGUCGCCCGCCAACAAAAGGGUGAUAUUGGAGAAGCUAUUGAAGUACUAGAGACAAGUGUUGAGGAAUCGCCACAAGACAUCAAUUCGUUAACACUUUUGCUGUCAGCUUAUGAGGAGGGCGGGGAGACAACAAAAAAAGAAUACAUCUUGAAUAAACAUCCAGCAUUAGCAGAGAUUCACAAACUGAGAAAUGACCUCGAAAAAGCAAACCACUCGCUGGAAAUUGCAGAAGCCGAGGUACAUAUUGUAUUACUUGAUUUAUGA